UCUCCCGAUCCCAUCCCUCCGUCUCCUUUGCUGCGUGGGAGCUCAACUCCGUCCAGUGCCUACCUUGAGCUGCUACAGCUUUGGCGCCGUGUUUUGACCCAUUGACUUCGCCGUCUUUGAGCUCGAGAAAACAUUUUUGUGGGCAAGCUCCAACAUGUCUUCCACAGCUCUCCCCAAGCGCGUUGCGCUGCACCGCAAUGCUACGGACUCGUCCGUCCCCAGCUCGGUCACCCCCUCCCCGCUGGACAGCCCUCGCCAGUCCCCUUCGACCACUUCCCUGUCGUCAUUGGCGUCGGAGGCAGAGGCCAGCGGCAAGAUGCUGGACACCUAUGGCAACGAGUUCAAGAUUCCGGAUUAUACCAUCAAGCAGAUCCGUGAUGCCAUUCCCGCUCAUUGCUAUGAGCGCAAAGCUCUCACCAGCUUGUACUAUGUCUUCCGGGAUGUCUUCUGGCUCGCGACCAUCUUCUAUGUCUUCCACAACUACGUGACCCCUGAGACCGUCCCUUACAAGCCCGCAAGAGUCGUGCUGUGGGCUCUUUACACUAUCGUGCAGGGUCUGUUCGGUACCGGUGUCUGGGUUUUGGCUCACGAGUGCGGCCACCAGGCUUUCUCUCCGUCCAAGGUUCUCAACGACACUGUUGGUUGGAUCUGCCAUUCCGCCCUGCUGGUGCCCUACUUCUCCUGGAAGAUCUCCCACGGAAAGCACCACAAGGCCACCGGUAACAUUGCUCGCGACAUGGUGUUUGUGCCCAAGACCCGGGACCAGUAUGCCUCUCGCGUCGGCAAGGCUAUGCACGAACUCAAUGAGUUGAUGGAGGAAACUCCCAUCGCCACUGCCCUCAACCUCCUUCUCCAGCAGCUCUUCGGUUGGCCCAUGUACCUGCUCACCAACGUCACCGGUCACAACAACCACGAACGUCAGCCUGAGGGUCGUGGAAAGGGCAAGCAGAAUGGCUACUUCGGCGGUGUCAACCACUUCAACCCAUCUAGCCCUCUGUACGAGGCCAAGGAUGCGAAGCUGAUUGUCCUGAGUGACAUCGGUCUCGCCAUUGUCGGAAGCAUUUUGUACUUGGUCGGCUCCAAGUACGGCUGGAUGAACCUUCUGGUUUGGUACGGCAUUCCCUACCUCUGGGUGAACCACUGGCUGGUCGCCAUCACCUACCUCCAGCACACCGAUCCCACCCUCCCUCACUACCAGCCUGAUGUCUGGAACUUCGCCCGCGGUGCCGCCGCCACCAUCGACCGUGACUUCGGCUUCGUCGGCCGUCACAUCUUCCACGGUAUCAUUGAGACCCACGUUCUGCACCACUAUGUCAGCACCAUCCCCUUCUACAACGCCGAUGAGGCCAGCGAGGCCAUCAAGAAGGUCAUGGGAUCUCACUACCGGACCGAAGCCCACACUGGCUGGACCGGAUUCUUCAAGGCUCUCUGGACUAGUGCCCGUGUGUGCCACUGGGUUGAGCCCACUGAGGGCGCCAAGGGUGAGAGCUCCGGAGUGCUCUUCUACCGUAACACGAACGGCAUUGGAGUUCCUCCUGCCAAGCUUGAAAAAUAGAGCAUGUCUGUCGUACAUAGAACGAGUGAUAUCUUUUUUUUCCUUUCUUUCUUGGAAUUUUCUCUUUCUUUCAAAUUUUCUUUUCGCAUUUCGUGGUGCUCUCGCAGGAUCGACAUGGACCACGGUAUGACACUUCCUGUUGUUGUUAUGUCAUAGACCAACUGCGAGUUGAUUCGAGCUGAAGGCGUAUACGGAACGUGGGGUAAGGAUCUGAACGUGUAGGAGGGCCAUCGUCGUGUCUGAUUUAAACGUCCAUAAUUAUCAAUGUAAUCCGGAGGGGAAUCGUGUAAUAUGA